CAGUUCAGUUCAGUUUAGUUCAAAAUGCCUCCUUGGGCGGAUCGGAUCAUUUUCGCGGUCGUCGUGUUUGCGCUGUUUGUGGUUCCCCUCGUUCUCUGUUCCGGUUGUGUGUUGGUGGUGGCAGCAGCAGAUCUGCCUUAAAACUUCUUGUGCUGGUGGUGCGUAUCGCGACGCGAGAAGCGAUUCGGGAACUGGAGGAACAGCAAAAAAAAUCCCAUUCAAGUGCAGCAGCACCACAUUCUUUCACUCCGGCUGGUGGCUGGUGUCUACUCUUAAGUUGCCAACUCCCAUCAUCCGUUCGAUGGGAAUAUACAUAUAUCAUACCCAGUACCAGGACCUGGACUGGUUCCUGGGUUGUGAGCAAUAGUGGGGUGGCAAGAGUUCAAUUCCCGCGGGCGGCCGUUUCGAUAUUGUGCAAUAAUCAUAACCAGCAGUAAUUGUAGGCUUGAUACCGAAAAUUAAGAAACCAACGACGAAUCGCUUAUGCUUUCUCCCCUCGGAUAUUUAGGAAGAAGAAGAAGAAGGUUCCCCAACGACUGCACAGUGAAUUAUUAAAAAAAAGUUAAAAACGGGAAAGCAAGGAAGAAGUAAUAUGGCAAUUUGAGAAUGUGCAGCAACGCGACGAUGCCGAUGAUGAUGAUGGUGGGAUGUAAAAAUUUCUGAAUUGUGCCUGAUAGCCUCGGGGACAGAUUUUGUGGAACGACGAUACGGGAGAGCAACAUAAAAAAAUCUCCACUGAGAAAAAAAAAGUUCAGGAUUCAAGCUGGAAGAGUUAUGUUGAGGAUAACUAAAACCAAUACUACUGCGGAAACAGCUAGAUCAUCGUUGUGGUAAUCUUCAGCAAUCCCUCAGCACGAGAUAUGGAUGAACGAUUGCUGAACGAUCUGCUGGAGUGUUCCGUGUGUCUGGAGCGGUUGGAUACGUCCUCCAAGGUUCUACCAUGUCAGCAUACCUUCUGCCGGAAAUGCCUGGAGGAAAUUGUGGCCAGCCACCAGGAGCUACGAUGCCCCGAGUGUCGGGUGCUGGUAGACGUCAAAAUCGACGAACUACCGCCGAACGUGCUGCUGAUGCGGAUUUUGGAAGGCAUGAAAACAGCUGAGCUGAAUAACCAAAACACAAACAUCAACAAAGCCGCUCGGACGGGAGUCGGAGGAGUAGGUGGGGGUGGUGUUACAGGAGGAAUCGGAGGAGCUGCAAACAUCUUCAAUCUCCAGCACCUCCACCAUCAUCAGAACCAUCCAAGCAUAGCUUUCCAAGGUUCUUCUCAGCUGCAACAGCAACAUCAAUUACUACUCCUGCAACAGCAACAACACCAACAACAACAACAACAACAGCAGCAGCAGCCGCCGCAAUUGCAACAUGCCAAAAACCACCCCCACUACCAACAGCAGCAGCAGCAACAUGGUGGAAGUGGAGGCGUCGGUGGAAUCCAGAAUCCACAACAACAGCAACCGCAAGGUCAACAUGCAACCGUGGGGCGGAUUAUUGCAACCGGUGGCAACAAUGCACUGGAUCUGUCGAAAAUCCCACACGCGAAAGCAUUCUACGACUUCGCCUCCAGUGAAACCAGUGACAUCAGCUUUAAAAAGGGUGACAUCGUGAUCCUCAAGAAAAAGAUCGACCACAACUGGUGCAUCGGUGAGGUGAACGGCAAGGAAGGUGCCGUCCCGUUGAACCACCUGCAGGUCGUAAUUCCGCUGCCAUACCCCCAGUGCAAAGCUCUGUUCGAUUUCAGCAUGGGCCCGAACGACGAGGAAGGUUGUCUGACGUUCAAGAAGGGCGCCCUGAUCCACGUGCUGCGACGGGUCGAUCAGAACUGGGCCGAGGGUCGUAUCGGGGAUAAAAUCGGAAUCUUUCCGAUUUCCUUCGUCGAGAUGAAUUUCCUCGGAAAGCAGUUGAUGGAUUCUGCUUUGAAACAAUUGCUAGCUAACAAUUCGAACAACCGAACUGUUCCGCCGACGCCCUUUGAUUUGAACGGCAGCGAUACGACGACAAGCUCUAGUGUAACGACUAGUCCCAAUACGUCUAACAGUACAACCAGUUCGACAUCUAGUACGGCUCCCAGUAGUCCAACGUCCCAGUUUCUUACCGCUGCAGCGGCAGCCACAACAGCCACUCCAGCUUCCGGACCUGGAAGCAAGGAUCCGAAAGAGAAACGACACUCAUUGACCAGUUUUCUAGCGAGCUCUAGCGGUCCGAGUGCUGCCGUAGGCGGUUCGCUUCUUCAACCCAACAGACACAGCCAUGAGAUACUCAGCACGCCCGAUUCCGAGUUGCAAUCACAGUCCCAACCAGCAGUCAAUGCUAGCAGUAGUAACUCAAGUGCAGCUGCAGCUUCACCUGCUGCAGCUAACGAAUCCCAACCACCACCUCCUUCUGCCGCCGGAAACUUCCAUGGUAAAUCCGGAAAAUCAGCUAGUCAGCUGUACCAUCAGCAUCCUCACCUGCCCGCCACCUACAUCGCCCUGUAUCCCUACAAACCGCAGAAGCCGGACGAACUGGAGCUCAAAAAAGGAUCCAUCUACUACGUCACCGAACGAUGCCAGGAUGGCUGGUUCAAAGGAGCCAACCGGCAGCAGAAGGUCGGAGUUUUCCCCGGCAACUACGUGACCGUAUAUAAAGGUCGCAAUGAGCAUCGCAAUCUACUCGGUGCUUCAACCCAAUCAGCCACGGCAACAUCAACAACCGGAACUGCUGUCGCCACCGCCGGUGUCCUCCCUCACCAGCAACAACUACAACCACCAUCACUCAACAAUCCGUCCAACAUUACCAACAACCUAGCUAACAACCAAGUCACAUUGCCUGCCUUACCCCCGAGGGAUACCGGUGCCACUUGUAGUGGUGGCUCCAAACAGCAAACAGCGAACCAAUCCGGCAACUAUAUCGAGUCGCUGUUCGGAAGAAAAUCUGGUGGUGAGAAAAAUUCCGGUUCUGUGGGGACGUCCGGAGGUACGCCUACCAAUGGAGAACCAUCGGCGACGAGUAGCAACAAGGAAAAGAAAGAUUCGUCGGCAGUCAGUUUGAUGAAACGGCUGACCAACAUCAAGCGUUCCAAAUCGCCAACGGCGAAGGAAGGUGGAACAAGUAAUCCCGCCUAUUCUAGCGAUAAUCCUGCGUUCGAAGAUGGUCUGCCAACCACGGUGAAACCGAAUCUUCAACAGAUCAUCAAUCCGGUUCAUGUUCGAUCCGGUUCUUGUCCCAGUCAACUUCUUCAAAAUCUCCCUAUAGAUCUUCAUUUGGCCCAAGGUCGCGAAAAUGUUCCUUACAUGUAUGGCUCCCAGCGAGUGAAACCGCACAAAGAACGACCAUCGAUGCAUGGUUUAAAACACGAAUCUGCUGGCCGGAGUUCGUCGUCGAAGCACUCCGGUGGAUCGCAGCAACAGAAAUCUCACGAAGCUCCAGCCUCGGCAACAGCGGCUUGCGGUGGUCACUCCAGUUCCGAGGCGACAGCCCCGCCGAAAACGACGACCCAAGCAUACCACCGCAAGUCGCACAGCCUGGACGCUUCGGCCAUUAUCUCGCACAUGAGCGGGGGAGGAGCAGGAGCGGCCACCAACAGUGGGGGGACGCCUUCCUCGAAGUCCUCGUCCAAGUCGCACGCCGUUAGGGAACGGUUCAAAUGUAUCGUCCCGUAUCCACCGAACAGUGAGUAUGAGCUGGAGCUACGAAUAGGGGACAUCGUACUGGUGCACAAAAAGCGAGACAACGGCUGGUACAAGGGAACACAUCAGCGAACCGGCAAGACCGGUCUCUUUCCGGCAUCGUUCGUUGAACCGGAUCUCUGAUACCGAUGACGAUAGAAGGAAAACCCCGAAACGGAAAAGAUGACAAUGAUAAAACGAAGAUACUCGAACCAGAAGUAGAGGAGCAGCUGAGCGAUGCUCUUUAUUACAUAGUUUAUUGAACCAUAUUGUGUAACAAAAUGACAAAAUCAACUUAAAAGGUAUUACAUUUUGUGUCGUCGUGUCAGUCACCAGUGUUUCUUUUUUCUCUGUUCUCUAAAGUUAUAAUAAUUUGAGAUAAGUGAAGAGGAAAAAAAUGGUGUUUAAUAGUCAAGUAAGUUCGAAUAAAAUACGAAUCCAAUGCACAGUGAUAUAGUAAGCCGAAUUGAUAAAAUUCUGAUAACAAAUAAAACAAAAAUAUGUUUACACAAAUCAGGCCAACAAAAAGUGCAAAUUUGUACCUAAUUUUGUCUCUAUUGGGUCUUUUAAAGUCUGAGUAUAAAAGUUAGCAAACAUGUUUAAAAAACGUUGUGGUAAUAUUAUGGAGAAAAAACAAAACAAAUCCAGUUAUUUUAGAUAAUGUUAGUGCAAAUCAAGAUGAUAGCUCCUAAGGUAGGUGUUGAUCUUUGAAGGUUAGUUAAUAAUAAAUAUAAAAAAAACUGUCUCGAUGGACCACAGAUAUUAAAACGCAAAUUGGUUUCAACAAACUGGAUAUGAACCCCUCCCGGAAAAUUAUACAAAUAUUAUCAGUCGUGCAUUUGAACAAAAACAAGUAAACAAUUUGUGUCUGUGAGUUUUCUUAUCUGUAUGAUACUGAUUCAUUCCGAUAUUGCAAACGAUAUUUAUCUAAAAAAAUAAAUCAGAAAAACUAUCCAACUUUAACUCUCCCAAACAGAAAGUAGUAAAGCUAUGCAUCGAUGUUGUGUUUGACCGGCAAGAAAAUAAUCUUUAUAAAAGACUUUUACGCAAUUUAUUAGCUAAUCUAUGUAAUCAGCAAACUAUCGUGUAUAUUACACUACCUACAUAAAUCUACUUUUUCUAACAUCACUCUUCAUGAAGUAAAAUUUGAAACACGAAUGUAAAUCUUCCAUACUUGUUUUGUUAUAGGUACUAAUUUACUUUUUUUAAAUAAAUCGCGCUGCACAAAUCGACAUUUCCCCAUUACAAAAAUUGACAUAAGUAAAUCUGUUUUAUUUACUGAACCACAAAACCAAUUGUUCGGAAAUUGUAGAAAUGAUUAUAAGAAAAAUUCACAAAUCUUUUUAGGAAACGAACCCCUCAUAGAUCUGUAUUACAUUAGGAAAAAAGCAACGGGGCACGCGAAAAAAACAGGGUGUUUGUAGUGAAUUUACACAACCAAUUUAUCGAAAGUUUUAUCUAAAGUGACCACUCUUGAAAUUGGCACAGACUGCGAACACGUUGUUCCCAAGCAGCAGUGAAUUUGCAAGUUUCGACCCAUUAUUUUUUAUGUUUUACUUGGUAGCUAACUUACCGUAGAGGGUAAGAAUAAAACAUGACGGAGAUUUUGUGGUUUCUAGACAAUUUAUACGAGAAAAAAAUUCAUCCAAUGUGCAAAACGCCCUCAUGAUAAGUUAGAAAGUUGGAGUAUGGUGUACUUCUUACUUACAUACUGCCGAUGCUGUGGCACAGGCAUUUGUAACUCUAAAUACAAUGGCAAACAAUGUUUGUGUUAAUAUAUUGAUGAUAAAUGGAAAAUCAAACAGGUAUAAUCGUACUG